CGCUGGCUCUCUUUGAUCGCUCCGAGACUCAGAGUGCGCAGAGAGGAGGAACAUGUCCGCCGUGCAGCUGCUGCGGGUGUCGGUACACGAGCGGAUCAGCGCUGCCGCUGAAGACUUCCUGCUGCAGAUGGAGCAAGGAGGGGGAAAGGCUCAAGUCCCGGCGAUGAGAGCGAUGCUCACCGAGCGGCUAAUGGCGGCGGCUGAACAGAUCCUCGCGGAGUUUGAGGAAACCGUGGCAGAGAACGAAGACCGAGUGGAGCGGACAGAGCGGUCCGAGCGGGAGAUCUGCCGCCAGAGGAGGCUGCUCGAUGCCGCGAUGAAGCCCGUGGUUCGGCUGCACAGAGCAGUGUGUCCUGCAGACAUUCAGCAACUGAUGGUGAUUAAAGAAGAGGUUCCCUCUGAGCAGCCAAAGUGGAGCCCUCUUGUGGACCAGGAGGACCCAGAGCCCCCCCACAUUAAAGAUGAACAGGAGGAACCGUGGACCAAUCAGGAUGGACAGCAGCUUCAAGGACGGGAGGAGGCUGAUAUCAAGUUCACAUUGACUCCUGUCGCUGUGAAGGAGAGUGAAGAAGAUGAAGAGAAACUUAAAUCGUCAACGCUUCACCCGAGUGAGACGCAGGAGAACAGAGCAGACUGUGGAGGACCAGAAACAGCCAGGAACUCAGGUCCUGAUGGACGUUUACAACCAGGUCCUGUGGACAAGAAUGAAGACUCUUCUGAGACUGAAGACAGUGAUAUGGGAUGCAAGACAGAAAAAAAAAAGCUUAGUUGCUCUGAGUGUGGUAAAAGAUUUAACCAAAGGGGAAAUCUAAAUAAACAUAUGAGGAGUCAUACAGGACAAAAACCGUUUUGUUGCUCUGAGUGUGGUAAAAUAUUUAACCAAAGGGGAAAUCUAAAUAAUCAUAUGAGGAUUCAUACAGGAGAAAAACCGUUUAGUUGCUCUGAGUGUGGUAAAAUAUUUAACCAAAGGGGAAAUCUAAACUUACAUAUGAGGAUUCAUACAGGAGAAAAACCGUUUAGUUGCUCUGAGUGUGGUAAAAGAUUUAACCAAAGAGGCAGUCUAAAAAUACAUAUGAGGAGUCAUACAGGAGAGAAAGAGUUUUGUUGCUCUGAUUGUGGUAAGAGAUUUAACCUAAGGGGCAGUCUAAAUAGACAUAUGAGGAUUCAUACAGGAGAAAACCCGUUUAGUUGCUCUGAGUGUGGUAAGAGAUUUAACCAAAAAGGCAAUCUAAAUAUACAUAUGAGGAGUCAUACAGGAGAGAAAUGUUUUGUUGCUCUGAGAGUGGUAAGAGAUUUAACCUAAGGGGCAGUCUAAAUAGACUUAUGAGGAGUCAUACAGGAGAGAAACUGCUUAGUUGAUCUAAGUGUGGUAACAGAUUUAAGAUUCAGUCCCAUUGUACACAGCAUGUGAGGAUUCAUUCAGGAGAGAAGUGAUUCAGUUGCAACCUUUGCUACAAAAGAUUUAAUAGGAUUAUCAGCAGCUAUUCAAAUUAUACAUAUUCAUAGUUCACUAUUUUAGACAGACUAUUAACCGUUUUUUUAUGUCCCUAGAUAUAAAAUAUGAUAUGUACCUAAUGUAUCUUUUUUCAUAAUGUCCUUCAUGUCAUUUUAAGGUUUAAGUGUGUUCCUUGCACAGAAUGAAUGGGUGUUCUUAACUAGUUCAUAUGAUUAAAUUUAGUGUAAACAAGA